CUGCUUGAUGCUGAAUCGUCGAGGCCAGUCUGUUGGUAGGAUGCCCGAUGCCCAGAAGCGUUUUUUCUCUUUUGUGAGGACCAGGUGAAGGUGGCUGACUAGUCGAGAAAUGCAACAGAGGUGACAAUAUGCUGACACAAACUCUUGAGAGAGGAACUGAGGAGAGAAGAGGAAGGAGAGGAUAAGCAACCUAUCGUGAUGUCAAUGGAGCAUGUGGGCACACCCUUGCAUUUCUUGCAUCACGGAUCCUCAUACAGAUGGGUGUACAGACACGACCCAGAAAUGGAUGUGGUGUGUCAGUGCGUGGAAGCCUUGCCUCGAUGCUCGUGCCAGAAGCGAACAUCGAUGAACAACAUUCUAUUAGGGCCUCUGACAGUAUGGGUAUUAUGAUGGGCCUAGGCGAAAGAUUCAGGUACUGUACAAGUCAUUUCAUUGGAUAAUAAGGAAAUAAAUGAAAGCCAAGACCUCAAAAGGAAGGACGCAUGAAAGAAACAAAUUAACGCAAAAGAGCAGGCAAAUGUGCAGAGAGACCCAAUAAAGCUAGGGACAGAGAACGCAUUAAGACACAAGAACCCCAAGCAAACAACACGCAAGCGAGUCGAGUCUCUGUACCCAAAAUGCAGGGCCGUGAAGAAGGUGAAGUGUCCGCAAUGCCGGCAGCCCUACACCAAAAGCUGGGUCAUGAAGAUGGAGACGCGUGGCAAAGCUGAUCAGUGGAUUCGCCUUGCAGAUGGAAAGACUUUGUGUUUCCUAUGCCUCCGGGCAACUUGCCGCGCCAGCGAGGAGUACCUCCUACGACUACGAAUUGCUCCUGGAAUUGCUGGGGUGCAUUGUCAAACCAAACUAGCACUUGCUCCUCCCAAAGGACCCCGGAAGGCUCUCUUGGAGGAAUGCAAAUAUGGUGCUGAGUGCUACCGCCGCAACCCACAGCACUUCUACGAGUUUUUUCAUCCCAGCCUGAUGCCUCCAGCACCGCCGUGUGAAAGUGGCUGCGGGCGCUCCGCUGCCUCCGGGUUCAAGACCUGCUGCAAGAAAUGCAUCAGCGCUCCUCCAAAUCUCAAAGUCUCCAUUCCUGGAGAGCAUGCCGAAUUGUCUGGUUUGUACACUGCUUCGGCAACAAGGCGUGAGCACGGUCUGCCGGUGUGGAAGCAAUCAGGGGGGAGAGGCUGGCUCUGGAAGGGGCAUGUUUGGAUGAUGGCGCUGUCAGAAGACAAAGUGGGCGGCACCAGUGGUCUCAUUGCGGAGGACACUGGCGACAGCAUGCCGGUUCGUUCUCCUCACUUGGUAGCUCACUGGCAGGCUGCUGGGCGAGGCGGAUGGAACAAACUUGAAGGUAUGAAGGUGGACAUUGAUGCAGCCGCUGCUGAGAGCCCUACGCAUGAUGAUUUCUGCCAGACCCGCGAAGAGCGAGAAAGUCGCUUGCGGCAGAAGGCAAAUGAUGUGUUAAAGAAGUUUCCCGGGGAGGUCAAGCCCGUUGCGGCGUAGCGAGUCAGCCAACGGUGGAGCACAGACAGGAGUUGUGGAGACACAACUCCAGCCAGCUGCACAAAGUGCAUGCUGCAUGCUUGUUUUAGUGUUUGUGUGAGUGCUGAGAAUUUUCAAGAAAUUCACUUGAUGACUUGAUGGCCUUUGCGCUCCUGAAAA